AUGAGUAAUCGGAAUGGUAUUCAUGCAAAUGUUUCAAAACAAAAUGGAAAUCAAAAGUCCCGUGGUAUUGUAUCGACGCCUUGCCAUGCUGAUGUGGUUGGUGGUGGGUUUCCCAGUGCCCUGUAUCAAAGGUUGGUCAAAAGUACAGUUGUCUCAAGUGAGCGCAACAUGAGCAAUAGAAAUCAAAUAAAAAGUACAGAUUGA